CUGAGAAGUCUAGACUCUGAUUGUCGCCACUCGCAUUGCUGCAGGUUUCGCCAUGAUGAUGUGGUCUGCAAAGGUAGAGUAGCUUUCCUAGUCAAACGUUCAGACUCGCAACAGAAUGUGUACUCGCUCUUAGGUCCAUGGUUCACGCUACGGCCUUAUAAAAGAAGUAUGUAUGUAUGUAUGUAUGUAUGUGGUCUGCAAAGCUACUGUAGCUGAGCAUACAAAAUAAGAGUAUCAAAGCUGGUGCAUUGUGGGAGGUGGUGUAGCAGUCCAGCUUGUUGAAAGUCCCGCUUGAUUCCCUGCAAAAACUGGGUCUGCGUCGGAAGUGGUUUGGCUUCAUACCACCAUGGGAGCAGCAAGCAGCUCCGAUGCUCCUCCUGACUGCGCGCAAGGAGUCCGCUUCACCAGCAUUCGAGGGGUUGGGGCCGCUGACGUGCUCUGGGAUGGAGAUGAUUGGGGACGAUCAAAAGGUGGUCAGUUGUUAGAAUCAAGGAUGUUUGAGUUGGAGAUACACACGUUUCCAGAAAGAGGGCCUCCGCUCGCGUCCAUGACCAACAAUCUGUUCACCCGGGACUGGGCGAACCCCAUUCUUUCAAACUUCAAGCUAAGAAGGGUCCAGAGAGCCAAUGAUAAGAAGCCAGAGCACCUUCGGCUGGUCAAGAUACGGGGGGACGGCAAGUGUCUAUUCAGAGCUAUGGCAUGCGGCCUUGCUGCGAAUAAAGGAGAGGUCCUCGGGUUUCGGGAAGAAGAAGAAGCAGACAGUCUGCGCCUGGCGGUACACGACGCCCUAUGUACAAACGAGCGGCGGCGGCGGCAGUACGAGGAGGCCCUCAUUGCAAUCACUUUAGACCAGUCCGUCGAAAGGUACUGCACGCGAUUAAGCAGACCAGAUUUCUGGGGAGGGGAGCCGGAAAUGCUGGUCUUAUCUCGAAUGCUCAAGCUGCCAAUAUACGUCUACGUUCCAGAAUCGACGACGAGGUUCAAGUCCGCUUUAGGCAGCGGGUUUGUGCCGAUUCAGCAAUACGGUGAGGAGUUCGAAAAGUCGACGAAAACCAAGAAGCCUCGAAAACCGGUGCGGCUGUUGUAUAACGGACACAAUCACUUUGACCUUCUAAUACCUUAACGCUCCGAUACCCAUCGCGACCUCGACGUGGCAAUCGCAGCGUUGAAGCCAAGCUGAUGGAGCUAGCAUUUGAACCGUCUGACACAUUUCGAGGCAGUUUGUCAUGCACACUGAGCUUGCUGAUUAUCCAGGCUCCUGCGAAACAUGGCUGCAAUAGGCGGCCGGGAUGACGGUAGGACGUGGCAGGCCCAUAUUGCUAUGCCGACUGAU